AUGGCAGCCAUCUUUGAUUUCAGACUAACCGAAACAACACUUGGUCAGGACAAUCUCAGUUCAAACACCAAGGGCAAAGGAAUAUGGAAAAUAAAUAACAGUUUACUGGAUGAAGUUGAAUACAAAUCCAUGGUAAGAAAUGUGAUACGGGAACUGAAAGAAGAGCAGGCUGCUCUUGAUUUAGAGAACAUAUUGAAGGAAAUCGAGACUUUUUAUUCAAAGCUUUAUAGUAGUGACGGCAUUGAUAAAAAGGAGGUAACUGCGUACAUUGAUAACUGUGAAGUUCAGUAUACGUCAUCCGAGGAGGAAAAUGUUACAUGUGAAGGUGAGCUGAAAUUAGAGGAAUGUACAGCAGCAGUUAAAAACUUUAAGCCCAACAAAAGUCCAGGUAGUGAUGGUCUUUCUGGUGAGUUUUAUAAAACUUUCUGGGAUGAUAUCUCAAAUAUUGUGCUAGGCUCGCUCAAUGACGGAUACAGGAAAGAUUUAAUUACAGGGUUCCCCAAUGUUGUUGGGUGUUUGGAUUGUACACAUGUAAGAAUUCAAGGACCCACAGAAAAUGAGAAGGAUUUUGUGAACCGCAAAGGCUUUCAUUCACUGAAUGUCCAGAUGACAUGCAAUGCUGAGUUUCUAAUAACUAGCUGUGUUGCAAAGUGGCCUGGAUCAGUACAUGAUUCUCGGAUUUUUAGGGACAGUCAGUUAUGCAGAAGUUUUGAGAAUGGAACAUAUGAUGGGCUCCUGUUGGGAGAUUCAGGGUAUCCCUGUAGACAUUUCUUAAUGACACCUUUCAUCAACCCCAGCACCAAUGAGCAGCAGAGGUUCAAUAACUCCCUGUGCAGGACCAGAACAACUAUUGAGCAGACAUUUGGCAUAUUAAAGAGAAGGUUUGCUUGCCUUUCAGUUGGGUUGAGAGUGGCACCAACCAAGGCAGCAGGGAUAAUCAUGGCCUGUGUAGUAUUACACAACAUAGCACAAGAAAAGAAGGAAGUGUUGAAUUGUGAACAUCAAAAUAAUUAUAAUGAAGUUGGAAAUCAAUUAAACUAUGUUGGUCCUGAUGCUGGUGGUGCAGGAGUGAGAAACCACAUCUGUCAAAAUAAUUUCCGUUGAUGAAUUCUUUCAAUACACACAGAAUUAGAAUACUGACAUAUCCAGAACAAGGUUGGGUUAAUUGUAAGUUGUAUAAAGUUUGUAAUUAAUUAACCUAUAAAAAAGAUAACAUUCAUCAGUCAUAAUUGAACUAUUUUAUAGACAUAGCUAGCUGCAUCAUACAGAUCCAACAAUUUCAAAGAUAUAUUGAUAUACAUGAGAUGUAAAUUCCAUUAAAGUCAUUGAUACAUACAAGAAUAUGUAAACAUCUGAUGCAAGUACUCGCAUACAUAUAAUGAUAUUUUUUCAGUAUAACUCUAUGAUAAUAAUCAAAAUUUUAGACAGGCAUACAAAGUAAUUAAGACACUGACAUUUUCUAUGGGGCCCUA